ACGUCAUGACGCUACUUCCGCAUUACCGGUAAAGCAGGAUUUAGUGGAAACGAAAGCAGUGUGUUCUGUUUAUGUGAUUUGAAUUGUGUGUUUAGUUUUCCUCCUUGUCAGUCGCUAAUCAAAGAUGUCUACGCCGAAAUUAAUAGUGUUCGACCUAGAUUACACCUUGUGGCCGUUCUGGGUCGACACCCACGUUGAUCCACCUUUUCACAUCGAUGACAGCGGCACGGUGCGGGAUUCAAGAUUUGCCAAGGUUCCCAUUUAUCACGAUACUGAAAAGAUCCUGAGCUCACUGCAUAGUCAGGGCUUCAAGAUAGGCAUUGCAUCGCGAACUGGUGAGACAGAAGGAGCCAAUCAGCUGCUGUCACUCUAUAAACUUGACCAAUACAUUUCCUUCAAGGAGAUCUAUCCCGGAUCAAAGGUCCCUCAUUUUAAAAGGCUGAAAGCUGACAGUGGCGUCCAGUUUUCUGACAUGAUGUUCUUUGAUGAUGAGGAUAGGAACAUCUUGGAGGUUGGCAAGCUGGGUGUUCACUGUGUGAAGGUUUGUAAUGCCAUCACCUGGGAUCUAGUCAAGAAAGCACUUGAGCAGUUCAGCAAGAAGCAGUGAAGGCAUCUGGUCCUGUGGAGAUGCAGCUGCUGCAAAUGAAGAAGAACCCAUUUGCUGUGCAAAAAAACUGUUAUGUAUGGAGGACUAGGAGGGUCAUGUUUAGUGGUUAUUUCUGUGUAAUCAACCGUUUUUAACGUUUAAAUAGUUUAUUAUUUAGCUCCAUUUUAAAACAUUAAUUGAAGCUCUUUUUUUUGUAAUUUGAGAUGCAAUUUAUUUAUAUAUUUUAUUUUUCAAUGUAUAAAUUAAUGAUUUGUUCCUUUAAGUGACACACCUAGUCUUUCAAAGAAAUGCACCUUUGCUUGUUUUUAUCUAAUAAAGACUUUUAAGUUAAAUGGAACUAAACACAGCAUGCACACAUUUUAAAACAAAAAGGUCAGUGUUUUAAUUGUUACUGUAUGUGACAGAUUUUCUGUACAGAGACUACAAUGGAAAAAAUAGUUUUAUAUUUAUUACAUUUAUAAAACACGUGUCUUCCA